AUGACGCUUCUUGUCCGCGAACCCUCCCGCUGGGCGAAUCUAUGCGUCUCCCGCGACGGCAUCGCAGCGACAUCCGAGUCAUUCGACUACGAGUCCACAUCCGCCCCUCGCCGGGAUGCAAUAUCUUCCUUGGUGAUCACCUUGAAGACUUGUCAGACUUCGGAUGCCGUCGCACCUCUAGUAUCACGAUUGUCCCGGGACUCGGUGGUGAGCCUUUUCCAGAACGGCAUGGGAGUGUACGACGAGCUGUGCUCUCGUUUCUGGCCGGAUGAAGGAUCAAGACCACACUUUGUCUUGGGUACAACUACACAUGGGGUAUCGCCCCAUGGCUCAAGCAAAGGGGAGGUGCUUCACCAUACCCCCCUCGGAGCUGGGGACAUCAAAUGGGGAGUUGUGCCACAUAAAAGGUACGAGGGCACACCUUGGGAUAUGUCCCAAAGCGACAGUCAAUCCCUGCAUCAGAAAUCGAUAUGCCCCUCCGAGCCAGCCUUCAAAAACCUUGAAGACACAUUACAAGCUCUUUUAGAGACUUCGCGCGUGCUUGAAUCGUUGAUGGAGUUGCGCGGGCAUACGGAGGAAACUGUACACUUGUUUUCCUAUCAGAAUAUCCGAAAGAUUGUUGAGGGUGUGAUUCGAGCUACGUUAGGAAACACCUGCUCCAUGGCAGUAGACGUCAGGGCGAAGCGGCCGACGGAGAUUGACUACAUCAAUGGGUAUCUCGCCAAGCUGGGUGAUGGGCUCGGGAUCGACACACCUGCGAAUGACAUGUUGGUCGAUAUGGUAAAGAUGGUAGAAAUGAGUUAUACUGAAUAA